UCGAAGUGGGACAAAUUGCGGAUCCAACAGGUAGACGGAAUGGUUCAAGAAAAAAAGAACAGCUCCUCCGAAGAAUUGCCGGCGUGGCUAGACCAAAAAUGCUUCGAGGAUUUUCUGUACCUUGAUUUUCCGGAUCUUAAGGAAAUCAAAUCGUUUUCGUUGGAACCCUCAGCUGGAAAGGGCGAAAACUACACAACGUUGAUGUUAAGGGCGAAUUUUGAAUUGGAAUUGAAAGAUGGCUCCCAGGAGAGUAUCUCGUAUAUGGCGAAGCUGUUGCCAAACUCUUUUAACCGUGAUAAUGUCGUCAGCUGGAAAGUAUUCGACAAGGAGCGCAAAACCUAUGGAACCUACAUUCCCGAAUUCGAGCAGUUGUACAGAGAGGCUGGCAAGGAAGUUUCCUUCGGAGCGCGUUAUUAUGAACUGAAGAAUCAGCAAGAAGAGGAGCUCAUUGUAUUGGAGGAUCUGGGCAGACGCGGAUUUACAAAUGUUAAUCGCCAGAUUGGCUUGGAUAUUCCGCACACUGAGGCAACUUUAGAGAAGUUGUCCCAGUUUCAUGCAGCCUCUGCAGUGCGAUUCGAACAGAAAGGAGCAUAUCCUGAAAUGUACAAUCGCAACCUGUGGGGCGAAGAGGACAGCUUUAAGGAAUUUCGCGUAACCCAAACAAAGGCCUACGUCGAAUCCUUCCCCCUCUACGAGGCCAAUCACUUGGCAAAGGCUGUGGAAACCUUUGGCAAACAAUCGGUGGAUAUGUUCCAGGCUUAUGUGCCAAAUAUUGAAGGCGAGUUCCGUGUUCUAAAUCACGGUGAUGCCUGGUGCAAUAACGUUAUGUACAGAUAUGAUGAGGCUGGAAAGCUGAUUGAAACAUGCUUUGUGGAUCUGCAGAUGAGUCGAUUCUGCUCGCCCGCCCAGGACUUGCUCUACUUGAUCCUAUCCUCCACCCAGGCGGAGAUUAAGAUAGUGAAAUUUGAUUACUUAGUACAGUUUUACCAUAAAAAGCUGAUAGAGAACCUGAAGCUACUCAAGUAUUCAAAGCCACUGCCUUCGUUAAGGAGCCUUCACCAAUCGAUUUUUAUCUACCAAGAUUGGAUUCUGCCAGUCGUAUCCAUUCUGCUGCCAAUUGUCCUGGUCGAUAAGAGUGAUGAUGCCAACAUGGAUAGUUUGAUGGACAACGAGGGAGCAGGAGACAAAUUCCGGAACAAUUUGUUUAGGAAUCCUCGCAUGAUUAAACACCAAAAAGUAAUUCUUCCUUGGGCCUACAAUCGAGGCGCCUUUGAAGUCACCAAUUAAGUGCAGAAACUGUUGAUAUUAUUUAAGUUUGUAAAUAAACAAGAGCCAUAGAAGAAUUCAUUAUCAGUUAA